AUGCGCCAUCAUCUGAUGGUGGGUACCUGGACACCACCAGGGGCCAUCUACACCAUCGAAUUUGACGAUGAAGCUCUUACCUUAAAAUUGCUCAAGAAAACCGAAAUAGCGCAUGAUGAGCCUAUCUCUUGGAUGACCUUUGAUCAUGCGAGAAAGAACAUAUAUGGAGCGUCUAUGAAGACGUUCUCCAGCUACACCGUGAAAAGUCCCACCGACAUAGUCCACCAUGCUUCACAUCCUAUCAGGGGACACCCCUCCGCCUCGAGCGAGGAAUCGAACACAAGAGCCAUCUUCCUCCUAGCAGCGAAGAAGCCGCCAUACAAUGUCUACGGCAACCCGUUCUACAAGUUCGCAGGCUACGGCAAUGUCUUCUCCGUGAACAGCGAAGGUGGAAUGGAAGCCAACAUACAAAACUACGAGUACAGCCCUGAGACAGCUGUCCAUGGGAUGGUGUUCGACCCAACAGAAACCUACCUGUACUCGGCAGAUAUGUGGGGCAACAAGAUAUGGACACACAAGAAAGACAGCGAGACAGGGCAGCUCACCCUCGUCGAUAGCGUCGAUGCCCCUUCUCCCGGCGACCACCCGCGGUGGGUGGAGAUGCAUCCGAGUGGAAACUACCUAUACGCCUUGAUGGAAGCGGGGAACAGGAUCGCGGUCUAUGUAAUUGACGAACGGACACACGUGCCUGUGUUUACACAGCACACCUAUCCUCUCGUUCCUCCGGGCCUAAACCUCAAGAUGUACCGAGCUGAUGUCACUUUCCUUACUCAAAGCGGGAAGUACCUAUUCGCGACCUCCCGCGCGAACUCUUUCGACCUUACCGGCUACAUCAGCGCCUUCAGACUCAAUUCGGAGGGCAGUAUCGAGCGGCAACUAUUCCUGAACCCGACGCCGACAAGCGGCGGCCACUCGAACGCAGUCAGUCCCUGUCCUUGGACUGACGAGUGGAUAGCCUUGACGGAUGAUGAGAAGGGCGGUGUGGAGAUCUACCGCUUCCGCGAUGAGCUGCUUGCGAGAGUUGCGCGUUUGGAGGUGAAAGAUCCGGGGUUUUGUAUGAAUGCUAUUUGGUAUGACUGA